GAAGAAUUUGAGGCGGGCCGACAAUCAGUCGUUUACAUGUCUACCUACAACUGUGACCUUUCACCUUCCGUCUGCCCUCCCGGUAACCUCAAAACGCGUCACCCAACUUCCUGUUCGUAUACUAAUCGACGGGAUGCUCAGAUCAGGACAAUGGAGGAAAAUGAGGAUUCAGAAGUGUUGUGCCUGCAGGGCGUAUGGUAUGCAAGGGAUCUAGAAGCCAUUGUAAGGAAGACUGCAUUCAACUUUCAAUAUUCCUACAGCUUUUUGCACGAUAGCACUGGACAUUUCAAUGCCUCCCAGAAACUCCAUCCACCCUGUGAUGAACAAGAUGCCAUUAUAUUAAAAUCAAUCAACGAGUGUGAGUUUAAAGAAUGCCACUACUCAUCUGAAAGAACCAAAAUUUUCAAAUGCAUCGAAGAUAUCUGCAAAAUAAAAAAUAUCUUGCAAGUAAUGUCGGAGACGUGUCUUGGUUGUAUAUUCCAAGGCACUGAGGAGGAUAACUUCGAAGAGUGUACAAAAUCAACCUACGCCUUCAACCCAACAGGGUUACUUCUCCUCAGUAAAUACAGUCUGCUCAAUCACCAACGCGGCCUAUACCAUCCAAUCAAAACCUUUGAUAAGGCAGGAAGGGAAAAGUCCUCAGAGAUCGUGCAGCGUGGUUACCUUGAUGUAGAGGUUCAUCAUAUUGGGCGGGUCGUCUGCACACACUUAACGGAGAAAUUUGGUGACGAAUAUGUUGAAGUUGGAAACACAUUCAAAAGUUAUGAAAAGAAGAACUUCUUUGAGUUUGAAGCCUUAUAUACGAGACUACAGAACGUACCUAAAGUUAUCAUACUGGGCGAUCUAAACGCCAGUCCCGCCAUAACCAAGGGGAGUAUCGCAUCACAAUUUUCUGGGAACUUGGAAGUCUUACGAGACUUCGGAUACAAAGAUCCAGUAUCCGAUUCUUUCAAGCACAGGGAAGCUGAUUGCUCUUACUGCUGCGGAAACGCCUUGGUCCGGAAACCCGACAUAGGUGUCUGUUCCAAGACCAGUUCAGCGGUUGGAUACAUAUUUGAUCACGUGAUGGUCAAGGGUUUCGAUGUUUUCGAUACCCAAGAAGAUUAUCUAAAAAACAACGCAGCCUUUCGCAUUUUCCUGACGGACGAUGCAUUCUCCGCCAUGUCUCGACAUUAUGGAUUUACUGUGCCAGUAAUUGUAAAGUAAAGCAUCUACAAUAUUUUAUGAGUCAACUUAAGACUUUUCCUUAAACAUUGUGUUGGGACCUGAAAAUGUAACAAAAUGUAUGUUCAUCAAUAAAUUUUACAAAGCAUGA